AUGGAUUACUGGAGUGCCUUGGAGGUGUAUAAGGAGAUGGUCCUGCUGUACCUGGAGGAGGGCCAGCGGCAGGUCAACUUGCGUUGUGCGGACCUGGAGCCAUGGCAGAUCAUUGGAGCGACUGUCCUCACCACACUGGGAGCGGUCUGGAUCAAAGGCUUUCUCUUCCAGCAAGAAAGUCUCCCGUCCCGAAUCAAGAAGCUGUGCUUUCGACUCAUCAGGAAAAUACCCUUUGUUGGCGCAACAAUUCAGAGUCAGCUCAACAAGGCUCUAGAUGACAUGUCUGCUAGCCUGUGUACUCUGAAGGAGGGGAUGAGCUACACAAAACAGCUGCCCUCUAAAGGCCUCUCUCAGAGCCAAGUGCUGGACAAAAUCAGAGAGUACGAGACUCUGAAUGAGGUGCAGUGGGAGAAAGGAUGUGUUUCCGGUGCAGUAUACUGGGGAGAUGAAUCACUGACUAAUCUCCUGGUGAAGGUAUAUGGAGAUUUUGCGUGGAGCAACCCACUUCACCCAGACAUCUUUCCUGGCGUGAGAAAGAUGGAGGCAGAGGUUGUCAGAAUGGCGUGCACACUUUUCCAUGGUGGACUGAAUGCCUGUGGCACAGUUACCUCAGGGGGAACUGAGAGCAUCCUGAUGGCCUGCAAGGCGUACAGAGACAUGGCGUAUGAGCGUGGUGUCAAAUACCCUGAAAUUCUUGCACCUGUGAGCGUCCACGCAGCCUUUGACAAAGCAGCACAUUACUUUGGGAUGAAGCUUGUUCACAUUCCCCUCGACAAGAAAACCAUGAAAGUAGAUGUGAAGGCUAUGAAGAGAGCCAUCAGCAAGAACACCGCCAUGCUUGUGUGCUCAGCGCCUCAGUUUCCUCAUGGAAUAAUGGAUCCCAUUGAGGAAGUAGCCAAGCUGGCUGUGCGCUACAACCUCCCACUGCAUGUGGAUGCUUGUCUGGGAGGGUUUCUCAUUGUCUUCAUGGCCAAGGCUGGUUACCCACUCGCCCCGUUCGACUUCAGGGUAAAAGGUGUCACCAGCAUCUCUGCAGACACCCACAAGUAUGGUUAUGCCCCUAAAGGUUCCUCAGUGAUCCUCUACAGUGAUAAAAAGUACCGUCACUACCAGUACUUUGUAGCUCCUGACUGGCAGGGGGGAAUCUACGCCUCGCCUUCCAUUGCAGGCUCCAGGCCUGGAGGAAUCAUUGCCGCCUGCUGGGCGACCAUGAUGCACAUGGGAGAGAAUGGAUACAUCGAUGCCACGAAGAAGAUCAUCAGCACAGCACGCAAAAUCAAGAAAGAGAUCAACAAGAUAAAAGGCGUGUUUGUGUUUGGGGAUCCAGAGGUGUCAGUGGUGGCAAUAGGCUCAGACGUUUUUGAUAUUUUCCGUCUGUCUAAUGCGCUGACGUCAAAGGGCUGGAAUCUGAACACGUUGCAGUUCCCAUCCAGCAUCCACAUCUGUUGCACAGUUCUGCACACACAGCCGGGCGUUGCUGAUCGGUUUGUGCGUGAUGUCAAAGAGCAGGUUGCUAUCAUCCUCAAGAACCCCCAAGAGAAAACCACAGGAAUGGGAGCAAUCUACGGCAUGGCCCAGUCUAUCCCAGACAGAUCCAUGGUGACGGAAAUCUCCCGAGGUUUCCUGGACUGUCUCUACAGCACUGAGGUGUCAAACGUCAGCCACAUGAACGGUAACGGCAAAGCCCACUGAGGCAGGAUCGGGCCAGGAGGGCCCGACCCCACCGCACGCAGGGAAACACGCUCGCCUCCUCCCAGAGCACUGAGCUAAUUGCUCAACAGUUGCCUUAUCUUGCAUACCUACACCAUAUGGAAAACAUCUGCAAAGAUCUUUUGAAGCACAAGCCAUUGUCAUUUUAAUCAGCCCAGAGGGAAAUUGCUCGUAACACUUUGCCUCAGUGGCACAGAGAAAAAAUGACUGGUUCCAAACGAGUUUUAGUGUUUUCAUUUGAUUUUGUUAAUGUAGUGGAAGUGUGUGUGUUUGUUUUUUAUUUGUUUUAAAAGUUCAUUUCAAUUUUAGUUUUUGUUAAAUGCAUAUGUCUGUCAUAAUUUCUACUGAUUACAAAGCAAAACCAUUCCUUUUUUUUAUUUUUACUGCCGCAACAUUUCAGCUUGUUGCCAUCACCACUUCACUAUCUGUGAUGACUCCGCAAAAACACAGACCACUGAAAGCUUUUUAGAAACGCUGUGCUGCCCUCUAGCAUGACACCUGAUGUACUGCUUUAAAAUGGCUCUACACAUGGAGGCCGGCUGAAGGUGAAAGUUAUCAUUAUCAUGUAGCAGUUCUCUGGAAGACAGCAUUUUUAAUGUAAAAGCACUGCAAUGGCCUGACGAGAACAUAUCAGGGUUAUCUGUGAAUCACUUGAAACAACAAAUUCCGAUGUUAUGAUUAGAAGUUUGUCUGUAAGCAUGAACAUGCAUGUCUUUGUUUGUUAGCACUUAGUAUGACGACAUUCAUUUUGUUUUAAGUCUGCAUUUGUGGUCCAUCUAUCAUGGUUGGAUUUGUAGACAGAGGGAGAGUGAUUCAGAUAAUGGGAGUUUUAAUGUCAUUAAUAUUCAAUAAAAUUGUCUUUAAAGUUUAAAUAAGGGAGAAGUUUUAACCAGACCAUGAAUACUUUAAAAGCAGCUUGUGGAAUCCAAAUUUUAUUAACCACUUUGGUUAUUUUUGGGAUCGCUUUUCAGAUUUGGAAAAGGACUUCCACACAGAAGCUGGUUUGUUAAGUAAAGCAGUGAAAUUUAACGUCUUUUAACAGACUGGACUGAAGACUGUUCCGACCCUUGUCUACUGUAUGUUGUCAUGAAGCAAAAAACGUAAUACUUUCUCCGUAGAGUCACCUGUGUACCACCUUGCUUUAAUCAUUUGUCUCCUAAUUCAAUCUACCUCAGUUUCUACUCAGUACAAAUGUCACUAUUCAUCCACUGAAACGUAUUCUAACAGGGCGACUUUUUUUUUGUUUCAUUUAUAACAUCAACUUAUUAUGGCAUUUGACAAACUGUACUAAAGUGUUCUUAGAUAAACUGAUACUGAAAGGAAACAGAUCCACUGUGAUGGCGGUUUUAGAUCCACAGACUGACAGAUUUGAUAGUUUUAUGUUGGGACAAACCCACUCUCUGCCCUGUCUGAAUGUGCAUAUAUUUAGUAAAUAUCCAUUCAGCAGGAUACUUACACAUUUACUAACAGGUUGACAACUUAGCGAUGCAUUCUGUAACACCAAAACAAACUUGUCUUGUUCUCUUUGCUUUCUUAAUAUUGCUUGUUGACAUUGUAUUUCCAUGAAAUUAUUUCCAUGUUUGUGCAAUACAUAACUUUUCCUUUUGUGAAGUGAUACCAAUGGGAAUGCUCUGCUAUAAAUGUUUAAGAGAUAAGUCAUCAGAAGCAUAGUGUUGAAUGACAGCAUAUCGGCGUUGUUAGUGUAAUUUAACCAUUUGUGCGACCACUGGGUGUUUAUUAAUCACUUAAUUUGUGAGUCCUCUUUGUGAGUGUUUAUGUUUUUGCAUACUGAGCAGUUCAAAAAGAGAUUAGACAUGAAUGUAUGUAGUUUUUUUUCCAUCUUCUAGUCAGCACCUGGUUAAAUAAGACAGGACUUAAUGUCCUCAAACUCAUCAUGUGUCCAUCCAUCCAUUUUCAGAUCAUAUACCCAGUGACAGGGUGUAGAAACCUGUGCCCAUGCAAAAAAAGACUUUUCCAACAUGACUCAUUCUGUUUGCUUUCAAGAAAUAUCCUCAAAAAUUGUGGUGAUUGAAUGGCCAAGAAAUCUCUUGUGAAUAAAAAUAUUUAAUGCAAAUUCCUCUUUAAGCAUUAA